AUGCCCACUCCGGAGACAUCUACGAUCAAGAAACAACAUGCCGCACCAUCUUACGUUUGGUUGUCCUUUAAAAUUGCGUUGACUUUUGCCCUAUUCAGUGUGUUGUUCAACGUCCUCAAUGAUUGUGACGAGGUGUACAACUACUGGGAACCGUUGCACUUUCUGGUCACUUUGGGUGAAGGUGGUGGAUUUCAGACCUGGGAAUAUUCACCUGUAUAUGGACUAAGAUCGUUCUUCUACCUUUGGGUGUUUGGUUGGCCGGCCUUUAUAGCUGUGCAACUUGGAAGCCCCACAUGGCUUGCUUUUCUGUUUGUUCGUCUGCACUUGGCUUUCUUGUGCACGUUGGCGGUCACAAUCUUGGCGUCGGUUUUGCAGAAACUCACAACGAGUCACAAUCAGUCGGCUUUUGGGAUCCCUUUCCCCCUCCUUUUCGUCGGUUUUCUUUGCCUCUCGCCCGGUCACUUUUUGUAUUCGACUAGUCUUGUACCCAGUGGGAUUGCUGCCACUGUUGCUACCUUCAUGCUUGCUAUGUGGCUUAACGGAAACUUCACACUGGCAGUCGGAUGCACAGCAUUCAUGGGUAUUGUGCUUUGGCCUUUCGCUGCUUUGUUGGGUCUACCACUCGCACUACAUAUGAUGCUCAUCAGACGGUUUACCCAGCUACUUGCGUCGUCGAUCUUCUGGGCUGUAGUCUUUAUUGUUCCCAUGAUUCUGGUCGACUCGUUUUAUUUCGGGCGGGUAGUGCUAGCGCCGUGGAAUAUUGUGCAUUACAAUGUGUUUUCCCAAGCCACCAAUGUUUCUGGCAGCGCUUCUGUUUUAUACGGAGUUGAACCGGCCUCUUUUUAUGUGAAAAACUACCUUCUCAACUUUAACGUACUUGUCCCAUUGAGUUGUUGUUUUGCGUUGUUUUCACUUUACUCGCUGUUCAUCUGGUUUUUCUCACGACGAGAUAGUCGUGGACAGUUGCGGAACGUUCCUGCAAGAACUCUUGCAAGACGAGAUAUCUACUUUUCUUGUUUCCUACCUCUUUUAACAUGGAACGUGGUGUUUUUUGUCCAACCACACAAAGAAGAACGAUUUCUAUACCCAUGCUACCCGUUUCUAGUUUUGGGUGCGGCCCUUUUAAUGUGGGAUAUGAACCAACUGAUUUCCAAUGUCCGACGAUGCAGGAACAUAGGCAAAUAUUUUUGUACCAUAGUUUCUGGUAUUACUGUUGUUUUGUUCCUCUUGCUCAGUUUUUCUCGCAUAGCUGCACUUGUCCGUUGGUAUAACGCCCCAGUCUAUUUGAUUCGUCAUCUUCCCAAUCAGGUUUCUGACACAAAGUCCAUACUAUGUCUAGGUCGUGAUUGGCACUACUUCCCCAGUCGAUUUUUGCUACCACAGGGCGGAGAACAAUGGGAUGUAGGUUACUUACCCUCAAACUUUUCUGGUCAGUUACCCGGACAGUAUAAACCUGUUGGGUCGGAGGCACGUGUUGUUGAUUCUACUCGUGUUGAUGGCAGUCACUUCAAUGUGGAAAAUCUAGAAGAACCGGAUCGAUUUUUAUCCGGAGGAGCCGAGCGCUGUGAUUUUAUCAUGGAUCGAGAUUCGACACCUGGAACUCGUGAAGAGCUAUACGUAGCGCAAUCUGAUAAGUGGACAUCGGUUGCUAAUCGCACCAUUCUGGAGCCACGCUCUUGUAAAUCGGAUGCCUUAGGCUCUCUUACCGAGAAGUAUCCUUAUCUUUGUUCACUCUUUCGGUCUUUUUAUAUUCCUUAUUUUUCGGAAGUGUACAAUUCACCGGUCAGGAUGCAUAUUUUACAAAAAAUCAAAUAA